AUGCUACAAAGUCCCGCCGCCGUCCGCUCGCUAUUCUGCAGCGCUGCCUCCUCUCGUGCGCUACGCGGUCGCUAUGCGAUCCUGAAGAAGUACAUGGUGCGUCCAUCUUCUUCUCGCGUUGUGUCUCUGGUCACACCCGCCCACAGCUCCUACUGGAGUGCGUCAGGCGUCUUUGCCAAGAGUUUGCAGGCGCAUUCGUUUGCAUCAAUUCCAAGUCGAGAUGAGGAGCUACUGGGUAGCGGGAAGAGCAAGAAACAGCAAAUUCAGGAACUCCUGGAGGAAAAUGCGGCGUUGAAAAAGGAGGUCGAGACACUGAAGACCGAGGCAGCCAAGAAACCCAACAAGUUCUUGGGGACGCUGCAACAGUACGGUCUGCCCUUCUUCGUGUGGUGGACUUCGCUCUACCUUGCGUCGGGUGUGUUCAUUUACGUGGCCUUGGACACUGGUCUCAUUUCAGGUGCCAGCAUUGUCGACUUUAUCAUGCAGAUGGGUUUGGACAAGUUCAUUGACCCGGCAAGGCUCGAUCCAACGUAUGGUAACAUUGCCAUCGCGGUGAUAGUGAACGAGUGUCUCGAGGUCGUCCGUUUUCCGAUUACGCUGGCUACACUGCCCUUCAUCAAGCGCGUCUUCUCCCGCAAGAAACUUGUUGAAGAGGUCAAGUAA